AUGGGCUUUCGACCUCCGCAACUCUUGCAGGCUGCGCUUCUGUUCAUCGUCCUCAGCUUGGAGUUGUUCCUGGACUCAUCGAAGCCAGCAGAGGGACUGGACGACCCUCCCCUUUCACAAGAAAUCGACAUCGAGGCAACCAGUUUCCUGCAAAUCACAACCGAGUCUGCCGUGGACAGCAUUGAUGCGCAUUGCUCUUCAGACUUCUGGACGGCUACUCUGCGGAGGCUGCUGCGGUGUCCAUGCCCAGGCACAGAUCCUUCUGGGAAUGAAGUUUGCUCAAGGCGCACGACGCUCUGGACCGUGGCUGCCUUGGGAAUUGCAUUCCUGCAAUCUAGUGUGAAAGACGUGGUCUUGUUGAGUUUGUGA